AUUCCCACCGGCUCGCUCGGCGGGUGUGUGCGUGGGAGAGUCCCUUCCCCCAGCAGAACUUGAACCCAUUGCCCAAUCUCGCCACGUUUCCCGGAGGCGCAGGCAUCGCCGGUAUUUGCUCCCUCUAUGGAAAGAGGGAGGUGAGAAAGCUGCCACCGGCACUCUCACGGUCCCCGGGAAAGGCUGCCACCGGAGCCCAACCCUUUACUAGCCACUGGAGAAGCCCCAGCAGGAAGCGAACCCCGGGAAAGCUCCCGGCGAUGCUUGUGCCUUGUCACCCUGGGGCUGACACCCGUGGUGGGGGGGGUGAGGACGCGCAGGACCGGAUCCAGACCGUGCCCUUGGCGAAGGUCCCUGCCCCAAAUCCUGAUCCCUGGGACGCCCCGGUCCCCGCCGGAGCCAGGGCGUGUGGGGGAGUCCUGAUGGACACGAGAGCAGAGCAGAGCGCGUCCUGACCCCUGCCCCACGCGGCUGCCCCUGUGCCAGCCCCUGUGACUAUGGAUGAGUGGAAACCCAACCCUGCCAUCAAGCCCCACAAGAAGCGGAGCUGGUACCUUGCCUGGAAGUACAAGCUGAUGAACCAGCGUGCGCUGCGGAAGCUAUGCCAGACAGGUGCUGUCCUCUUCCUGCUUGUGACUGUAAUUGUGAACAUCAAGCUGAUCUUGGACACCAGGAGAGCUGCUUAUGAGGAGGAAGAGGAGUCUGCACAGGACUACGAUGAUGAGAUGCUGAAUGUGGAGGUCCCUAGGCACCCUGUCAGCAACAAGAAGGUCUUGGAUGUCGAGGUGUACUCCAGUCGGUCGAAGGUCUACGUGGCUGUGGAUGGGACAACAGUCCUGGAAGAUGAGGCUCGGGAGCAGGGAAGAGGGAUCCACGUCAUCGUCUUAAAUCAGGCUACGGGUCACGUGAUGGCCAAGAGGGUCUUUGACACCUAUUCUCCCCAUGAAGAUGAAGCCAUGGUACUUUUCCUCAACAUGGUUGCCCGGGGCCGGAUCCUGAUCUUCACCAUUAAGGAUGAAGGCUCCUUUCACCUCAAGGACACAGCCAAGAAUGUCCUGAAAAGCCUGGGGAGCCAAGUCGCACCAUUUCUGAGCUGGAGAGACAUGUGGACAUUUGUGGGGAAGAAGGGAGGGGAAGUCUACGGGGAAAAGCACGCCAAGUCGCCUGCCCUCUCGACAUGGGGUGACCCUGUACUGCUGAAGACAGAAGUUCAUCUGACAUCUGUGGAAGAUGCUGAGUGCCAUUGGCCUGACACAGAGCUGAACCGCCGCCGGAAGAGGUUCUGCAGCAAAGUAGAAGGUUACGGCAGUGUCUGCAGCUGCAAAGACCCCACACCCAUUGAGUUCAACCCUGAUCCCCUCAAAGACAAUAAAGUCUUCGAUGUGCCUGUAGCUGUUAUUGCAGGGAACCGCCCCAACUACCUGUACAGGAUGCUGCGCUCCUUGCUGUCGGCUCAGGGCGUCAAUCCGCAGAUGAUCACAGUCUUCAUCGAUGGGUACUACGAGGAGCCGAUGGAUGUCGUGGAGCUGUUUGGCCUCUCAGGAAUCCAGCACACUCCUAUCAGCAUUAAAAAUGCCAGAGUUUCCCAGCACUACAAAGCCAGUCUGACUGCAACCUUCAACCUGUUCCCGGAUGCUAAAUUCGCUGUGGUUCUGGAGGAAGACCUUGACAUUUCCGUUGACUUCUUCAGCUUUCUGAGCCAGUCAAUACACCUUCUGGAGGAGGAUGAGAGCCUGUACUGCAUCUCAGCUUGGAACGACCAGGGCUAUGAGCACACAGCUGAGGACCCCUCGCUCCUAUACCGCGUGGAGACCAUGCCAGGCCUGGGCUGGGUGCUCCGGAAGAGCCUGUACAAGGACGAGCUGGAGCCAAAGUGGCCAACCCCUGAGAAGCUCUGGGACUGGGAUAUGUGGAUGCGGAUGCCAGAGCAGCGGAAGGGCCGGGAGUGCAUCAUCCCCGACAUCUCGCGCUCCUACCACUUUGGCAUUGUGGGGCUCAACAUGAACGGCUACUUUCACGAAGCCUAUUUCAAGAAGCACAAGUUCAACACAGUUCCGAAUGUCCAGCUUAAAAAUGUGGAGAGCUUGAGGAAGGAUGCCUACGAGACCGAAAUUCAUCGGCUCAUGGGUGAGGCCGAGGUCUUGGACCACAGUAAGAACCCCUGUGAGGACUCCUUUGUGCCUGACACUGAGGGCAGGGUCUACGUCAUGUUCAUCAGGAUGGACCAGGAAGCAGAUUUCACCACCUGGACUCAGCUUGCCAAGUGCCUCCACAUCUGGGACCUGGAUGUCCGUGGGAACCACAAGGGGCUGUGGCGGCUCUUCCGCAAGAAGAACCACUUCCUCGUGGUGGGGGUCCCUGCCUCCCCCUACUCGUCCAAGAAGCCCUCCUUGGUGACACCGAUCUACAUGGAGCCCCCUGCCAAGGAGGAGGGGGCAGUGGCAGUGCCAGCAGUUGCUGCAGCAGAGCAGACAUGAGACUGGCAACUGGGAAGCGAGGGGGACUGGGAGAAGACAGACACCUCCACGAUGCAGAGACAGAGUUGGCAGCAGCUCUCAGAGGCUGAUGACCGGACACGGACUUCCAUUUCAGGCUGCAAAAUGAGACCUCGGGCUCCCUCCAGCCCCCUAUUGUCCCUCGCAUGGGACAGUGUCCUUCCCUGUACAUAUGCCACUCCUAUCCCAGGAACUUUUUUUUUUAACACAGACUCUUUACUAACGCUGCUCCCCUUGCCCUCUGGCUGGGAAAGGCUGGAGGAAGGAGAUGCUCAGUUGGAGUCUAGAGGCGGCCUCGAGAAACGCCGCCGCUUCCCUUUUUGGCCCCUGAGUCAUGAGAAGGCAGCAUGCUCGUGUGCAAGUGCUGCAGCCUACCAGCUGGGUGUUAUUUAUUAACUCUUGCCUGGCUGGAUCUGUGCCCAGUGGUGAAAGCAGUGGCGAAGAGGGGAAUCUUCCACCAUCUCUUCUAUCUCCUGCACAAUGGAUGCACCUUGAAGACUGUAUGUUGGGUUGGACGUCUCCUUGCACGCCAGUUUCACUUCUUGGGCUGGAACGACUGGUACAGCCCAGCUUGUAGGCAAAAGGGAAUACUGAAGAGGAGAUGAACUUGGUGUGGACACGUAGGGGACACCCUGUACCCAGCACAAGGGCAGUUAGGUGCUCCUUUCCUCUCUCUGCAGCUGUAGAAGCUGGAGAUGACUAGAGAUGGAAGUGGACCAAGCUGUGUGCUGUGGCUUUAGACCAUCCUCACCCACCUUCUCUGUGGGGAGCAGCCCUGCCCCUUGAGUCAUGGGAGAAGGGGUGAAAGUGCCUUGCAGAGUGAGAUGGGAGCAGCCAGCGGGCAUCCCUCCGGCUGCAGGGGCAGGAUGGACCCAGGUCCUCUGGAGCAAGAGGUGCUGCGCUCUGGCAUGGUCCUUGCCUGUGGUACUGUACCCUGCCUCUCCCUCCUCCCUGGCCAGGUAUCCCCAGCUCUUGCUGAAGGCCGAGGCAGUUUGUUCUCCUGAAUCCCCACCCUUACCAUGGUACUUUACGAGCAGGGAAGCUGUGAGCUGAGCCUGGCUCUCCUGCUGUGGUACACCCCUCAUGGAGAGGGAGGGGGUCCCUAUAUCCCCUCCUGUGCCUUAGGAAGGACCCCAGGGCCCCCUCUUACCCCCAGCCACUUGGUACUAAUGUCAUCCCACCCUCCAGGGGCAGUCCUGGUCCCCUUGCUCAGUAUACCUCCAUGUCUUAUCCAUGCAGCAAGAGAUCCAUUCUCUGCCCAGGUCCCCCAGCCUCUGGUGGGGAUGCUACGCUCUGACUUGCCCUUGGGAAGAGGAUUUGCUGCUCAGCCCUUUCCCUGUGGUUGCAGGGGCUCUUCCCUUUCAUUUUUGUCACUGUGAACUGAGCGUCGGUGUCUACACUACACUAACUUAUUUAUUUAUUGCUUGUGGGAAGGGGAGGAUAGCAGGAAAGCAGCGUGGAGAGCUGGCAGCCCCCAGCCUGCGCAGGGGCAGUUGUGGGAGGUUUGUCCAUCCUGGCUCCAUCCCCUGUUCCCCUCCUGCCUCCCUUGCCCAGCAUAGGAAGAGUUGUGAACCUGGGAAAUCUGCUCCUCUGUGGCCAAAACAAGCCCUGUGUGGACACAGUGCAGCUCUAGUGUGACCCCAGGGACUCUGACCCUUGUGGUCCCUUGCAUGCCUGUCCCAGGAGCAGGGCUGGGAUGGAUGCAGGAGGGGAACAAGAGGAGGGUGCGGGAUGGGACCCUUGAGACUGUGGUACCAGGCUUGGGUUCAGGCCUGCCCAGUGCUGCCCUUCACUGGGACUCUGCUCGGGCAGCCUCUGUGUGCUGGCCUGGGGGGGUGAAGUGGGUCCUUUCAGCAUGAUGGGAAAGGGACUUGGCUCCUUCCCAGGGAAAGCAGAUCACUCCCCAUACUCUGCUUUGGAAAAGUUUCCACAGCUCUCCACCAUGAUGCCCUUUCCUUGGCAUCUCUGUUCCUAAGGCACGGUUUCCCUUCUCCCUGAAACUAAAUGCACCCCCUUUCCCUUCUUCUCUGGCAGGGCUCAGGCUUGGCUUCUUCCUGGGGCUGGGCAAGGUGGUCCUAUGGACAGGGAAUGGCUAAAGGCGAGUUCCCCUUUCUUCUGCUGCCCGUGCUGCAGCGACCAGGGGGCCGUGGCUCCCUGCUCUCAGCGACAGCAGCGCUUGGCCGCCGGUGGGCUUCAAGCUCCCCCCUCUCCGCAUACUACGAUGGGCCUGCUGGAUGUUCUCCAUCCCUCCCCGUUCCUCCAGCAAGGCUCGGGUGUGGUGGCUGUGGUAGGGCUGGGUGCGUGGGCAUCCCUAGGGCUUGCCGCUUUCUGAAUUGAAUUAUUUUUUCAAGAGUAAACAUUGCAAAGCUGUU